AUGACGUUCGUCGAUAGUGGAAUGGGAGAGCCAUUGGCAGCUGCGAUUGACGAUGGAGUGGCACCUGGGAAGACGCUCAAGAAGAAGAAGAGCCUUACAAGACUAUUCUCUUCAACUUCAAGGAGAUCAUCUCGAUCAAGGCCGCCGUCACCGGAAGAUCCACACACUCCACCUAUACCACAAGUGCCGACACACUUCUGGCCCUUGGGUUCCUCAGGCGCUCCACGAAUUCCAAGUAUGAGCUUUGACUGUCUUAUGAACGAGCACCUUCACGACGAGCAAUUGGAGGGUAUGGCCCAAUUCGACAAGCGCAGCCCUGGAAGUCCAUUGGCAAUGUCAAGCACUGAAGAGACGGACAAUACAAGGUCGGAGGCGACUGUAAAGAGCGAAUCCGUAACAGCAAGUCACCAAAUUCCCGGUACUCCGAAAGGUCACUCGACAGCACCCCUGUCAAGUGUUAUUCGCAAGAAGUCAGCAGAGAAGCCUUUAAUCUACCACUCGCCAACGUUUCCAAUUCUGCCGAAAGAAACCAAGACUGGGCUUCGUAUGCCAUCUGCUUUCUCGUCUGUCACUCGAGGUCGUGGUGCUUCAGUCACAGCACCAAAACCCAAGAGCUCACCAGCCCAGCCACAACUGACCAGACCUUCUACAGCAGGUGGCGAGUCCAAUUCAAAGCCAACAGGCAAAAGGAAAACUAGUGUGAAUAAACAAGGUCAAGAUGUGUCAAGCCCGUCACUGUUCGAUUUAGAAGAUUUCCCCAUGAGUCCGCAGCGUCCAUGGCAAGCCACAUAUAGCAACGACGAAGUAAGAUCCAGCUUUCGGUCCGCGUUGACAACAAGCUCUAGCCAUAUAGACACAACAAGCACGGAGAGGAGCAGUGUUCUGACCAAGGGUACCUCGAUAACGGAUUCAACGAUCGACCAACAGUCAAGGCCUGUCUCGAAAGUUGAGAGUAUGACCGUAGACGAUGCAAUCGACAUGUAUGCUGCCGGGUUUGCUGAUGAUGAUGACACCGGACCGAGUGACUCGAGAGACACCUCAAUGAGCGAAGAGGAACGCAGAAGAUCGAUGAAAAUUGCUGAAGCUAUCAAAGACACCAUCGGUGAAAUGCGCCCUUCCAGACGGCCAACGACAAGUCAAUCCACUAGCUCGACUGCACGGAUAUCGUAUGAUGCGUUCAAAAGAGAGUCUAUCCAACCACCUCCAAUAGUACCCCCAACGUCAACUCGCGAUCAAUAUGGUUUCCUUAAAGCCAGCCAUCAUAUUACGAUCCCACAGUACGACGCGUGGGCGAACGGCUAUUUACUAAGCCAAGAGAGACGCACGAAGAAAUGGUCAUCAUACAUGCGAGAGCAAGGUCUUCCAACCUUCAUUCCCACCCGCUUCCCUAACCGGUCAGCGAAAACCGAGCGCUACAUUCGCAAAGGCAUUCCUCCAGCAUGGCGUGGACCUGCUUGGUUUUUCUACGCCGGUGGCGAUGCGUACCUCGAAAAACAUGCCGGUCUCUACACCUCCCUUGUGUCGCGCUCAGAAGACGAGCUUUCCAGUGCUGACAAAGAAUCGAUCGAGCGUGACCUCCACCGCACCUUCCCGGAUAACAUCCACUUCAAACCCGACCUUCGUUCUUCAGGAUCUUCUGCUGCUGAAUUGCCGCUUCUAAGCUCUCUCCGCCAUGUCCUCCGUGCCUAUGCCCUUCACAAUCCUCGCAUCGGCUAUUGCCAGUCUCUUAAUUUCCUCGCUGGCCUCUUGCUAUUGUUCCUUCCCGAAGAAAAAGCAUUCUGGAUGCUUCACAUCAUCACCACCGUCUACUUACCGGGUACGCAUGAGCUUAGUCUCGAAGGUACAAACGUCGACCUAUGGAUCUUGAUGCUAGCGCUGAAAUCCACCCUUCCUCAUAUAUGGGCGAAAGUGGGCGCUGCCGGUGGAUCUAGCGAUGAUAUUGAUGGAAGUGCUAGGCUGCCGCCUAUAUGUCUCUGCACGACCUCCUGGUUCAUGAGCCUCUUCAUCGGCACUUUACCCAUCGAAACCGUUCUCCGUGUGUGGGAUGUACUGUUGUAUGAAGGCAGCCGCACUUUGUUUCGAGUCGCUCUGACCAUCUUCAAGCUCGGCGAGCAACGGAUCAAGGACGUGAGCGAUCCAAUGGAACUCUUCCAAGUUGUGCAAGGCUUGCCAAGAGGGAUGUUGGACGCUGGCGCCUUUAUGGCGACGGUAUGCCGGAGAGGUGGGGUGGGUGGUGAAUGGGUCGAGGCGAGAAGAUGUGAGCGGAGAGAGUGGUUUGCUAGAGAGCGGGCGACCGCGGCCGGACUGUCAGACGGCACCGGUGCGGAUCAUAUUGUCCUGAGGGAUGAUGCUGCGAGCGAGAGGUCGGCAUCUGCGAGAGGUAGACCUCCAAUGACAAGGAUGGACUCGAUCUGGAGGAGGAGAAGGAAGAGAAAAGCCUCAGUGCCCGUGGGCGCAGACGGUAUAUCAGACGCUGGUAGAGAUUUGCUGGCGCUUUGA